UGCUGUUGGUUGUUGCUGCUGUUAGAGAAAGUGACAGUGGUAAGAAAAUACAAGAAGAAGAGCGAAUAAAGAUGAGGGCAAACUAUUUCACUUUCAGAUAGAAGGUUCUGGUCUGAUAAGGAGAGGGAAGGCGUGAUAGCAAAGGGAAAGAAGUGUAUGUGUGUGUAAGAGAGAGAGGGAGAGAGAGGGAGAGAGCACAGAUUUGAGCAGGAGGCAGUGAAGCAGGGGACAGGGCAGAGAGUGAAGGGGGUCGGGUGGGGGAGUGGUUAGCCCUUCUUACUGCCUGUAUAUAGAGAAGACAGAGUCUGAGUGAGCAGAUCCAGUGAGAGAGUGAGGGACAGACAGAGAAGAGAGACAGACUUUUUACCCUCUCUACCUGUGGAUGACUUCCUGAGCAACACUUCGGCAAAGUUUCUAUCGGAUUACAAAAGCAGGAUUUCUCUCUCGACUCCAGAUUUAUCAUGAAGCUCUUCCUGUUCGCUGUGGCGGCGCUGCUCCUAGUGGUGGGAGAGACCACUGCAGAAAGACUCCUGUCCAGAAGGACCAAGAGGGAGCUUGCCAGUCCGCUCCACGUUGGAGGCAUCAGGGACCCGUAUGGCUCCUACUGCCAGAGGAGAGGAGGCUGCUGCCCCGGCAGAGACGACUUGUGCACGGUCCCGUACCUGGACACCAUCUGCUACUGCGACCUGUUCUGCAACCGCACCGUCUCUGAUUGUUGCCCCGACUUCUGGGGUCACUGUCUCGGCGUGCAGCCACCUUUCAUAGGCACCUGCGAAAGAAAUGGAAACACAUUCUUUUCAGGACAAACAUACAAAGAAAACUGCAAUUUAUGCACAUGUGGGACCACCGGACGCUGGGAGUGUGAGCAGAACGCCUGUCUGAUGGAUCCUGACAUGAUCCACGCUGUUAACAGAGGCAACUAUGGAUGGAAGGCAGCUAACUACAGUCAGUUGUUUGGCAUGACUCUGGACGAGGGCAUCCGGUUCCGUCUGGGCACUCAGAGACCCUCCAGGACUAUCAUGAACAUGAAUGAGAUCCAGAUGAACAUGGAUCCUCAGGGUGACCGUCUGCCACUCUACUUCAACUCAGCAGAGAAGUGGCCCGGAAAGAUCCAUGAACCACUGGACCAGGGCAACUGUGCUGCAUCCUGGGCCUUCUCAACCGCAGCUGUUGCAUCAGACAGAAUCUCCAUCCAGUCAAUGGGUCACAUGACUCCUCAGCUGUCCCCUCAAAAUCUUAUUUCCUGCGACACCCGCAACCAGGGAGGCUGUGCCGGGGGCCGCAUCGACGGAGCCUGGUGGUACCUGCGCCGUAGAGGAGUGGUGACAGAAGACUGCUAUCCGUACCGACCCCCCCAGGACAGUCCAGCGGAGGUGGGCCGUUGUAUGAUGCAGAGUCGCUCGGUGGGCCGGGGGAAGAGGCAGGCCACGCAGCGCUGCCCCAAUACACACAACUACCAGAAUGACAUCUACCAGUCCACACCGCCAUACAGGCUCUCAUCCAAUGACAAGGAGAUCAUGAAGGAGAUUAUGGAUAAUGGCCCUGUGCAAGCUAUUAUGGAGGUCCACGAGGAUUUCUUUGUCUAUAAGAAUGGGAUAUACAAACACACUGACGUCAGCUUCACCAAACCUCCACAAUACCGCAAACACGGCACACACUCAAUCAGGAUCACUGGAUGGGGAGAGGAGAGGAACUUUGAUGGGACAUCAAAAAAAUAUUGGAUUGCUGCCAACUCCUGGGGAAAGAACUGGGGAGAGAAUGGCUACUUCCGUAUCGCUCGUGGGGACAAUGAGUGUGAGAUUGAAACGUUUGUGAUCGGUGUGUGGGGCCGGAUCACGAUGGAAGACAUGCACAACCAUCAUCACCACCAUCGUCGCCGACACAUUUAGAGACACACAACCGAUGUUAAAACCCAACAGAACUUUGUUUUUAAUCCCACCUGUAGAUGGUUUUUACCCCAGAGGAGAACCACACCAAGAGUCUCAGAACUUCAGCACAUCCCCUAACCCAUCAAGCUGGCUGGGACAGCCACAAAAUCAACCCCAGAGCCCCUAAACCUUAUCUUUUUAUACCUUACUUCACUCUGGGGAUCAAUACAACCCCUCUUCUCCUCCAUCUUCACCCUUUUAAGAGAACAACCCUCCCCAUGCUCCUGUAACUCAAUGUUUAUGGCACCAAAAACAAAACAACCAAGCUAAAGCUCUUUUUACGUCGCCUUACAACUAGGCACCUCAGGUACCUACUGAUCCAAAGACCACACUUCCCAGAAUCCUCAAUGUAACAUCUGGUGAAACAUGUUCUUGUCAAAGUUGGGUGAAGACAGAAGGAGAAGCUCAGUCUGAUCUUUUUAUUCUUCUUUGUGCUUCUUUGUCAACCUUUUUCUAAGUCUUUAAUUUUAACAGGCACAAUUUCAGAGGGACAGAAAAGAGGAAAUCUGAGAAACAGAUUAUCAGGCCCUUAUAGAGAAACACACCCAGCUGAAGUGUGUAACGUGAUAACAUACUAUAGAUGACCUUACUGACAUUUAUCUGUCAGCUAUACAGAGGCACAGUUCAGCUCAUUCCCUCAGUUUUAGAGAGGACACUUGGAUGGAGUUAGUAGCUGCAGGCAGUAGAGUUUCUCACACAUUCCAGUGAAAACUUAGAAUCUGAUGCUGGAAACAGGAGAUUUCAAGAGGAUUUACAUUGCCACUGGCCAUGACCAGCAAUCAAAAUGACUCCCAGUUUAUGAGAGAAAUUUAAAGGGACAAUUUAGGCUUGGUUUGUAUGGCGUACUUAUCUAUGGUCAGCGUAUUAUCUACAGUAGAUGGUGUUCAGCAUGCCUCCAGUUUAGAGAAGCAGGCAGAAUACUGACACAGAAGCUAAGUAAUGUGCUGCUGUGGAGGGAGGGGGGUGUACUAUGUAUUUUAGCCAAAAGGUCCCCUGUCAUGCUGCCCUUUUCCAUGGGGAAGUGAAGCCGUUCUACCCUCUGAAAAGCCACCAGACUGCUUUGACAAAAAACAGUAAUUUUAGCGUGUGGGUUGCUGGUCCACAGCUGCCUUGUUUAGUUAGUCUGUUUGUGUUACUGUGUAACGCUGGUGUUAAAGGGUUAGUUUGGAUUCACCGAAGUCACACAAUUACACAAACAAACUAACCGAUCGAGGCGGCUGUAGACCAGCAAUUCCCUGCUGUGAGAGGUAAAAUUAUUAUUUUUGUCAAAGGAGUCUGGUGGCUUUAAUGAGAGCACUACGGCUUCGGUUCCCUGUCAGAAAUGGCCGUCUAACAGCAAGGUAAAGCACUGAAAAUAUUCUUAAUAUAGCAUACACUUAAACACUUAAACACUGCCUGCUUCUCUAAACUGUGAGCCAUCUACUGACUGUGGAGAAGUACCUCAUACAACUCCACUUCAAUAAAUCUGAGCUGGUCCCUUUUAGAAGAGAAUCAGACUAAAUAUUUGCUUUUCUUCUACACAUUUAUUCAGUGUUAAUACAGAAAAUGAAGCAUGUAUGAUUUGGCUGCAGCUGAAGUAAAUCAUUUUCAGUCAUGCUUGAUUAAAAUAGUCACCAUGAACGAUGAACAUAUAAAUAAAAGCCAUGCUGCCAAUCCUGACCCCGCCAUCUCAUUUAAAAAGAUAAAACCCUGAAGCAUUAAGAGGUUAAAAAAGAUUGUAAUGCCUUAAAGAAACAGAGUUUUGACCACUGCAAAAGAAAGUGUUUGUGUAUAGUAGUCUUAAUUUGCUCUGUUCUAUGUACACUGUUACAAUUUGAGCUAAAAAAAAGUUAUUUUUUUGUUGCAGUUAUAUAUUGUGAAGUUUUAUUUUACUACUUGUUUUACGAUGUACUGUAUGUAGAAACUUUCAUAACACACUCAUCACUCAGUCGCUUUUCUGCUUGUGCUUCUACAUAGUUGUAACUGUUUGACCACAGCGAGGAGGACGAGGGGGAGAUACUGCUGCUAAAGUCCGGUCUGUGCUUCAGUGUUUGACUGCAGACUCUGUAGUUUGGUGCUUUUCAUGUGUAAUAAACAGCCACUUCCAACUAAUGCAGAAACACUUCACGUCACACAGGUUGCAGAUGAGCUGUUUGGCUUUUAUAUUUUAUAUUGUUUUCUGCUACUUACUCUGCAACUUAACAUGUUCCAACUUAUCAGCUGCACCGCUUUAUGAUGUCUUUAUAUUCAACCGAUUGCAGGCUUGCUGAGGGAUUCUCAGAUCUUUUGGGAGCACAGCCUCACUUGAAAAGGAAAGCUUGGUGUAUUUUUACCACUUACCUUAAAUUAAAUCCCAGUGUGCUUCAGCUGUAACUUCAAAAGGCUUUUCCAUUUCUAUAUCAUCACAUCUUGUGAUCUUUAAGGUCCCUCUAUCAUCUCCUUCAGGCGUGGAUAAGCAGAUAGCAUAAAAGCAAAGAUAGAUGUCAGGAUGGGCAGGCAAUGUGCAACGUGGUGGAUACGUUAGGAGUUAUUGCAUGUUUCUGACACGAGUCUUUGCUUUCAUUCUGAAGUGAGUGAGGGAGGCCAUCAAUAUGAGAUGGACAACAGCUUUUUCCAAUGUGAAACUGAGCUCUCUGGCCUGCAGUGGUUUAUGUUGAAAGGAAGGGAGUCUUCUUUUAUAUAUUGUAUCUGUGGACAUGUUGAUAUAGCUCCUUUACAAGAGAGAAUAGAUCAGUGGAAAAAACUUCAGUUGUUAGAUUGGUUUACAUAGCUGAAAGUGGACGGAUUAGCCUCAUUUGUUUCAUCAGAAGUUUGGAAGCCUUAUUAUUAAUUUAUAGAUAUUUCAUGACCUCCUCAAGAGCAGCAUCGAUUACAGAUGGGAGUUUCCACUGUUUUUACUGACUUGAGUUUGUACGAAACACUCACUGGCCGAGCUGACUAACUUCUGGUUUAUCCCUCUGUUGUUGCCGGACCGAAUGGAUCAAAUUUUGAUAGUUAAAUCAGUCUUUUUGCAGAGGUUUUGACGGCUAAAAUUUAUAGUCACUCCUUUUCCCAUAAUAUUGAGCAGGUUUUGGCCUCUCUCAUAGGGUUGUUUAAUACAGUAAUUAACUUGAUACAUUUCCACAAAAACACUUAAGAGUGUGAGUGACACAGAGAGAUAACUUCUGACGAGAAGUCAGUAAAAAGAGUUGUUUGUUUUCAAUUGAUUCACUCAUAACUCGCACAUCAUUAGCAUCAAUGUGAGUUGCAUCAGUUCUGUACUCACUGGUGUGUAUCAGCGUCCUGAGAAAAGCAGAAAAAUCACUGUUUUCAUGCAGAAGGAAUUAUUUGAAUCUGACCAAAGAUAGUCGAGAAUUUUUUGUCAGUUUAUUUAUUUUGUCGUUGGAUUAACAGUCAGUCAGAUUCAUUGUUAGCUUGGAUCGAGGCACUAUAUAUUAUGCCUGAUAUAUAGAAGAGGUAUAAAAAAAACCUCAAAGCAUUCUCCAUUAAAUGUUCAUGAACAACACGCGUGCCAUAUUAUUUAUUAAUAUUUUUAGUUCAAAUGGGA